ACGAUCAUUCCCGCCGUUACACAUACCACCCAACCCCGCGAUUACCUCUCCCCGGCCUCCCCAUGCACCUCACUGGCCGCUUCCGCCUGCCUGCCUUCCCUUCAAAACCACGCGCACCUCUCCCCUCCUCCCCCUCCCCUCUCCUCCUUGAUCUCUAUCGUUGGUCUUCGCUCGCCGCAGAUGCAGAGCGACGCCGACGCCGAGGACCACUACCUCUUCUUCAGCGCCCCGGCCAGCCCCGUGCACUACAUCCUCCGCUCCCCGCCCUCAUCCACCGCCCACUACGCCCCCCCGGCCGCGGCCGAUGGCGACUGCCUCGCCGCGGCGGACUUCGAGUUCGCAGCGCGAGGCCACGGCCCCGGCACCGGCCUCGGCGGCAUGAGCUCCGCCGAGGAGCUCUUCGCCGGCGGCCGCAUCCGCGUCCGCUGCAGCUCUCCGAUCCGCCAAGAAACGGUCGGGGAUGACGAUGGCGACGAGGGGGAGGAGCGCGGCGGUGGCGAAGGUCUCGCGCCGCGGACUCGCCGGGCCAGGUCAGCGUCACCGCCCCGGAGCGCCCGCGCAGCCGGGGCAGCGGAGCCGUCGGACCCUUUCGCGUCCGCCUCCUCGUCCUCCUCCUCAUCAUCGUCAUCCUCGGCCAAGAACACUCGACGGCGGAUAUCGCUGCGGGACCUCCUCACCCGCACGGGAGGCGACUCGGCGGGGGAGCAGACAGCAGGCAUCGCUGGCGCCGAGUUCAGGUCUGGUUUCUGGCCGCCGUCCAUCUGGCCGUCGCGGUCCAAGAAGGCGCUGCUGCCCUACCCGGUGCCGCAGCCGGGGCGCCGGUCCACGUCGUCUGACAGGGCGGCUCCGCCGAAGAGUAUGCCGCGCAGUAUUACCUCCGCGGCGGCGCGAGACGAGGCGCGGCGGCGCACGACGUCGCUACCGUACCGGCAGGGCCUGGUUCUUGGGUGCCUGGGCUUCGGGGCCCGGGGCUACGGGCUCGCCAAAUCCAUGCAUCCCCUCUUCUCCCAGUAAACACGUAAAAGAUGAAGAAGAGGCCAAAAAAAUGGCGGCAUUUUGAAGAAUUUCAGGGGAGGUUCCAUGGUUAACGUUUGAUUUGGUGUGCUCAUCUACGAGGAAAAGAAACGAAAUUAUGUAAAUUAAAUUAAAUUUUGCUCUCUUCCAUUGGGUUACUAGUUUUUCAUCUUGAUGGAAAAAUGCUACUGUGUUAAUUCAGAUCUUUGUGGUGCGUUUCGUUGUCCAUUUGUGAUCCUGAAGCGAACCCAUUUGUUUGUGUUAUGUAUGAAUUCUAGGUGUGAUGUGAGCCGAGGAAUUUUAUAAUCAGAUAGAUCAUCUCCAUUUGUUUAGUUUUUUUAAAUAAAAGAAUCUGCAUUGAAAGGUAACUAAGGUAUACAAUCUGGU